GAAGAAGAAGAAGAAGAAGGGGGGAAAAAGCGGGUCAAGACGGGGGUUCUCCUCCCCCGCCGAGAAGGAGGAGCCGCCGCCCCAGCCGCGAUGGAGCCGGAGCCGGUGAUCGAGGACAAGACCAUCGAGCUCAUGUGUUCUGUGCCAAGGUCUUUGUGGCUAGGCUGCUCCAACCUGGUAGAGAGCAUGUGCGCACUGAGAUGCCUGCAGAGCAUGCCCAGUGUCAGAUGUCUCCAGAACACAUCAGUAAUGGAGGAUCAGAAUGAAGAAGAGUCUCCAAAGAAAAACACACUUUGGCAGAUAAGCAAUGGAACUUCAUCUGUGAUAGUCUCAAGAAAGCGACCAUCGGAAGGAAACUACGAGAAGGAAAAAGACUUAUGUAUUAAAUAUUUUGACCAGUGGUCUGAAUCGGAUCAGGUUGAAUUUGUGGAACACCUUAUUUCACGAAUGUGUCACUAUCAGCAUGGACAUAUUAAUUCUUACUUGAAGCCCAUGUUGCAAAGGGACUUCAUCACUGCUUUACCAGAGCAAGGCUUAGAUCACAUAGCAGAAAAUAUCCUAUCCUACCUUGAUGCCAGAUCGCUCUGUGCAGCCGAGCUGGUUUGUAAGGAAUGGCAACGAGUUAUUUCAGAGGGCAUGCUAUGGAAGAAGCUUAUUGAGAGAAUGGUACGAACCGAUCCACUCUGGAAAGGCCUUUCCGAAAGAAGGGGCUGGGAUCAGUACCUGUUUAAAAACAGACCCACAGAUGGCCCUCCCAAUUCAUUUUACAGGUCACUGUACCCAAAGAUAAUUCAAGAUAUAGAGACUAUAGAGUCUAACUGGCGAUGUGGAAGGCAUAACUUGCAAAGAAUUCAGUGCCGAUCUGAAAACAGCAAAGGGGUUUACUGCCUACAGUAUGACGAUGAGAAGAUCAUCAGUGGCCUUCGAGACAACUCCAUUAAGGUUUGGGACAAAACAGGACUGGAAUGUUUGAAAGUAUUAACAGGGCACACUGGCUCUGUUCUCUGCCUGCAGUACGAUGAAAGAGUCAUUGUAACUGGAUCUUCGGAUUCCACUGUGAGGGUGUGGGAUGUGAACACCGGCGAAGUCCUGAACACACUGAUCCAUCACAACGAGGCAGUGCUUCAUUUGCGCUUCAGUAAUGGUUUAAUGGUGACCUGCUCGAAGGACAGAUCGAUUGCCGUUUGGGAUAUGGCCUCACCGACCGAUAUCACUCUACGCCGCGUGUUGGUGGGCCAUCGGGCGGCUGUCAAUGUUGUCGACUUUGAUGACAAGUACAUUGUAUCCGCUUCCGGGGACAGGACCAUUAAAGUCUGGAGCACCAGCACAUGUGAAUUUGUUCGCACUCUUAAUGGGCACAAGCGGGGCAUUGCUUGCCUCCAAUACAGGGAUCGGCUUGUUGUGAGCGGAUCAUCAGACAAUACGAUUAGGCUCUGGGACAUCGAAUGUGGAGCCUGCUUGAGAGUACUAGAAGGACAUGAAGAACUGGUUCGAUGCAUCAGAUUCGAUAACAAGAGGAUCGUAAGCGGAGCCUAUGAUGGUAAAAUCAAAGUUUGGGACUUGCAAGCUGCUCUUGACCCUCGUGCCCCAGCAAGUACACUGUGCUUACGCACAUUGGUGGAACACUCAGGACGUGUUUUUAGACUCCAGUUUGAUGAGUUUCAGAUCAUUAGUAGCUCUCACGAUGAUACCAUUUUGAUUUGGGAUUUUUUAAAUGUGCCCCCCAAUGCACAAAAUGAGACACGUUCUCCAUCCAGAACAUACACUUACAUCUCCAGAUAACAGUCUGCAAUUUACCACUCUCCAAGGAUUCCACAGUCUUUGAACUGCUGGAUGUUUGGCUCUUACUCACCUGAAGACGUUAGCCACAGCUAAAGUCAGAAGUGGUUCUAGAUGCUGUGUAGAUGCGAAGCAGCACAAUUCUGUUAUCUCAACUUGUCUCUUUUUCCAGUCUUUCGUCACUCAGUGAUCUCCUCUGAGGAACUGACCAAGGAAUUCAUGGAGCCCGGGUAGAAGAAAUCCAGUCUCUCUUUCACCGCAACGCAAGAUCCAAAGCUUCAUGAGUAACAGUUGCCCAUAUACACUGAACUGAUGGCUUGUUUUUCCAGGAGUGAAUCAGAUGUCAAGGAAGGACUUGGUCUAAUUUAUAUUUGCUUUGCACUUUUGAUCUGACUCUGAAGAAGAAAAACAUUCUCAGUGAAAUGUGGGUGCCAAACACAUAACCCAGAAUGUACAGGGCUUUGCUUUCAAAGUCAUCCUCCUGUAAGACUUUUACAUUUCAUGACUGAUUUCAGACCCUGGUUUUGUUUUGUUUUGGCUAUGAAUAUCAGUCGGACUGAUAAGAAAUAUUUCUGAACGCCUCAGUAAUAUUUUGGACGACAGUUUACUUCUGCUCCAGUAAUUUGCUUUAAUUUAAAAGAGAUUGUAAAUUGGGCUAGAUGAUCUAAACUUUAGGUGUACAGCACUGUCUUUCCCCCCCGUUUAACCGUGUUCUGAACGACAACCGUCCUCCACCUAACGUUUGGUAUAGUUGGAUCCUUCCUGUGUGCUUGCCUCAUUAUUUCCAAUACCGUAACUGUAUAAGCAUGUAGAUAUAAUGUACAUAACAUUGUAACCUCCAAGUGCUGGGAGUCGGGAUCUCCUGAUACUGUACAUCGAUGCCAAGGCAUAAGCUUUUUACGCAUCAAAGCAUUCUAGUUACUGGCACAGUAUGGGUUUGGGAUGUAUUACUUUAGAAAUACUUCUCAGUGCAAAGGAGGGUAUUUAUUAGGAUUUCCCCUGCCCUUAAAAAAAAGGGGGGGGUGAUAUAGCUCUCAAACCCAUUUUUUUUAAAAAAAUUACAAAUUCUGUUCUUGUUUUUCCGCACUGCAGUAGUUGCAAAACCGUCGGGGGGGGGGAUGUUUUUGGCCAAAGUUGCCUAUAUAAGUAUCUUUUAAAGUCCAUUCAAAUAAGCCCUUGGAUCGCUGUACUUAUAAGGACUUUGAGAUGAAUUGCUGUUCCACUGUGAUCUUCUGGGAGAUGUUUCAUGUUCCUUACCGUUGAUGCAAAGAAACGGAGUAGCCAAGGCACACAUAGUUGGGACUUCUCCCCUGUGGAAGUAUGACUGGCAGUGGCAAGUUAGUUGUAUGCUUGGCUAUACAUGAAAACAAACCCUCUCUACAAAUGCUGGCUCUGUAUCUUUUAAGUUAUUGCUGGGGCAGCAUCAGUUCUUGACUUCUAAUGCUCGUUUGGUAAUUACUGAUUAAUGAAAUGUGACAUUGAUUGAUCUUGGAGCAACAGUCAGAAUUGGAAUGGAUGCUGUCAUUCCGUAGUCAUAUUUUUCCUUUGCUGCCACUGCUGAUUUCUGUUUUCUCUUUCUUUCUCUCUCCACCUCCCCUUUGGUUGAGGGGGUCAAGGAAUGUUGAUAACCAACUUAAAAUGACAAAUGAAUGAAUAUUGCUUAUUUAGUGGAACAGCUGUGGCUGGAUACUUCACUCGCACGCCUACCAGCUUGUCAAAUCAGAUUAGCAAUGAAAGCACACGUCAAGAGGUUUAAAAGGCGUUAACUUUGAGCGGCUUCUGGAAUUCCACUCUUUGCCUUCCUGGGUGUUACAAAUCGAGUUUGUGGAUUCUCUUUUUGGACAUCGCAAGAUGAGUUACCUGGAUAUGAUCAAACGUCAUAGAAUCCACAAGAGGGCACAUUUCCCAUGUUCUCAGAUUUUAACAUGGUUGACAGUUAAGGAAAUGAUUUCCUCCUCCCUCCUUCCUCCUCCACGAAAGCUGUGACAUGAAAGACUUUUCUGUUGCAGCGCUGAAGACAAAGGUAUUUAUGGAGAACUGUCCUUUUUAAAUGCAUGUGUAAGAUGAAAUUCAUGUUUUUCCAUGGGAAAUAAUGGUAUUUGAAGAUGCAGCCGAAACUACUUUUGAUUGUGCUUGGUGUAACAUAGCUGUGCAGUUUGUGACUGGCACCCAAGGACCUCGGCUCCUGGGAUUAAUGAUAGUGAUCCUGGCUGUACUCUGGACUUUGUUUCGCUAAUCAUAACUGAGCAGCUAUAUGUUCCUGCUAGAUUAAUGUUUCAAAGCACUGGGAUAGUCUUAUUCUAACUUGUAAUUAUGUUUGCCAGUUACCUGUUUGGAAAGUUUAUGUAUGAACAGCUUAUUUGACAACUGUUGAAUUGUACAGAUAUUGUUCAUGAUAUAAGGCUUUGUACUGUGGAAUGUGCUUAAUAAAAAAAAUCUAAACUUCAUUUGU